UUUUAUAUUAAAUUCAAAUUCGGUUUGGCUAUCGUGUUGCAGAUUUCAUAAAGCGAAUUAUGAAAUUCCCACGUCGAUGUAAAGUGAGAUGAUUUGAGGUUUGGUUUAAUUUUCUGUUUCGUCGUCAACAUCAUGCUGGGCAAAUAUAACAAAAAAGCAUUCAUAUCGCUUGGAUUGACUUUCAUAUUGAUGUGGAUUAGUGAGGCCACGGACGCCCACGUGAACUACAACUACACAGCGAAGCCGCGAGUGGUUCUUCCGCCUAAUUAUGUCAAGGAGAUGCGGCCGCCCUCAAAGAAGGGCUCCCCAGUGAUAGUAGACUUUAGCAUAUUUGUUGUAGAUAUUAACUCAAUUAAUGUAGAGGAUAUGGACUUUAGAGUUGACAUGUUUAUACAUCAACGAUGGUUGGAAUCGCGACUGGAGAUAUCUGAUGACAUAUUCGAGGAGGGCGACGAUUAUGUCACCUUGCUUCCAGAAUUCUUCGACAACCUCUGGCAGCCGGAUCCGUAUUUUCUCAAUUCUAAAAUUGCCGGAUUUGGAAGUCCAUAUAUUUCCACAACUUCUAUGCUACGCUAUAAGGAUGAAAGAGAAACUAAAAACUUUCAUCUAGACAAAGCUUUAAAAAUAGCUACCCUGACGCACAAGUUCACAUCGGUGACGCUCUAUAAAAAUAAGACCGUGCGCUAUGCCGCCCGCAUGCAUGCUAUAAUUGCCUGCCAAAUGGAGUUCCAGCUUUACCCCAUGGACAUCCAAGUGUGUCCCAUUUACAUUGAAAGUUUUUCGUCCAAUAACCAGAAGGUGAAGUUGCGCUGGUCCGAUUCCGGAGUAACGCUCAAUCCAGAGCUAAAACUGCUGCAGUACAAUCUUGGCCAGCCGCUGGAGCUGGAGGAGAGCGACGGUUAUAUGCCCGAGAAAGUGGGCAACUUUUCACGGCUCACCGUCUACUUUCGGUUCGAGCGGCAAAUCGGGCAUCAUCUGAUACAAACGUUCGCACCUUCCUCGCUGGUGGUGAUGCUCUCCUGGUUCAGCUUCUGGCUGGGCCUGGAUGCCAUUCCCGGGCGCGUGACCCUGCUGGUCACCUGCAUGCUGACGCUGGUGACAAUGUUUACGGGGCUGCGGGCAGAUAUACCACCCGUCGCGUAUGUUAAGGCGCUUGACUUGUGGAUGGCCGGAUGCAUGGUAUCUGUGUUCGCCGCCUUGGCCGAAUUCGUGGUCGUCAAAGUAUUGGACGUCCAAUACCAGUACCAGGUGAACCGCAUACCAAAGGUACUGCCCAUGCGCAUAAGCAAUAUGGAAAAGGGUCAAUGUGCAACUGUGGCCAGCUGGGAGGGUGGAGCCGUUCGGUCACGAAAGGCCACACAAACUCCGACAACGCCGGGCCAGACAUCGCUACAGGGCAACGGAGGACCACCGAAGUCUGCGCGCCGCCAAAGCCUUUUGUCCGUUGCAUGGACGGACACGGAUACGGGCGUUGAGAAGAUCAUGUGGCGUGAGAUUGACAAAGUUUCUCGUGCCGUAUUUCCGAUAUUGUUUUUUGUGUUCGUACUCCUAUAUUGGCCCAUAUUACUGAUGAAGUCGUCCUAGGAUUUGGGGAGUUCCAGAAUACAUUUUUCUGGACUCCGAUAAAAAUUUUAAAUGCAAUUAACUCACAGCCAUAUUGGAAUUAUAUUGAACACAACGCGGCCCGACACUACAGCCUAUGUAUACCCAUCUUUAACUAUACAAUAACCAACUGCUACGAGCAUAUCACUCCACUCAAGUACAACACAUUAUAUGGAACCUACAGCUACCUUUCCAAUGGGCAAAUCGUGCUAAUAUCCAAAGAAAUACUCUCGUCGAGUUACAGUGAGUCGUACAUAAAAAACGAAACCGAAAUUGACAGUUGCUCAUCUGAUAUAUAUUAUAUAUUAUUUUUUAUACCCUGAACGCAUUGAAAAAGGGUAAAAAGGGUAUUAUGUAUUUGUGCAAAUGUAUGUAACAGACAGAAGGAAGCAUCUCCGACCCCAUAAAGUAUAUAUAUUCUUAAUCAGCAUCAAUAGCCGAGUCGAUCUAGCCAGGUCCGUCU